AUGCUGCGCGGCGUGCUGUUGCUGAGCGUCCUCACGGUCACCAGCCGCGCCGACAGCCGACAGAAGAGCCCCCCCUCCAAAGACAUCUGCAGGGGCCGGUGCGCGUGCGAGGAGCGCGAGAACCUGCUCAACAUCAACUGCGAGAACAAGGGAUUCACCAGUGUCAAUCAGUUCCAGGCGCCGCCGAACAAAGUCUCCCAGCUUUUCCUCAACGGGAACUUCCUCUCGCGGCUCGGUGCCAAUGAAUUCGUCAGCUAUGGCAAUGUCAGCUCGCUCCAUCUGGGGAAUAACGGCUUGCAGGAGAUCCGAACGGGUGCCUUUAACGGGCUGCGGUUUCUCAAGCGUCUGCAUCUGAACAAUAACAACCUGGAGGUGAUUAAAGAGGACACAUUCGCAGGGCUGGAGAGUCUAGAAUAUCUGCAAGCGGACUAUAAUUACAUCAGCGCAGUGGAGCCGGGAGCUUUCAGUAAGCUGAACAAGCUCAAAGUGCUCAUUCUCAAUGACAACUUGCUACUGUCGCUGCCUCCCAACAUUUUCCGCUUUGUGCUUCUCACUCACCUGGAUCUGAGGGGCAACCGGCUCAAGAUGCUGCCCUUCGCAGGGGUUUUGGAGCACAUCGGGGGCAUCAUGGAGAUCCAGCUGGAGGAGAACCCCUGGAAUUGCACCUGCGACCUCAUCCCCCUCAAGUCGUGGCUGGACACUAUCUCUGUCUUCGUGGGGGAUAUCGUGUGCGAGACCCCGUUCCGGUUGCACGGCAAAGACAUCACGCAGCUCAUCAAGCAGGACCUGUGCCCCCGCAGGAACGCAGGCGAGCGCGCCCACCCCCCUCCCUCCGACUCCAAUUUCCAAGGAGUCCUGCCUCCCCCCACGCACCACCCAGCCCUGGUCACUCCCACUCGCGUGCCCAAGGCCUCUCGCCCCCCUAGGAUACGCUCUCACCGGCCCACCCCGCGGCUCAAGGACAAGAGUGUGUUUGGCCCCAUCAUGGUGUACCAGACGCGCUCCCCCGUGCCCAUGCUCUGCCCGUCCGUCUGCGUCUGCACCUCCCCCAACCCCGACAGCGGCCUGCACAUCAACUGCCAGGAGCGGAAGUUACAUAACGUCAGCGAGCUCAACCCCAAACCCUCCUAUCCCAAAAAACUGCACCUUACCGGCAAUUAUCUACAAGUCAUUUACAGGACGGACUUGGCAGAGUACAGCUCCCUGGAACUCCUGCAUCUGGGGAACAACCGGAUUGCUGUGAUACAAGAAGGAGCUUUUGAGAAUUUGACCAACCUGCGACGUCUUUAUCUGAAUGGGAAUUACAUUGAGACUCUUACGCAAUCGCUGUUUAUCGGGCUUCAGUCCCUGCAGUAUCUCUAUUUGGAAUACAACAUCAUUAAAGACAUUUUUCCGCAGACUUUUAACUCUUUGCACAACUUACAGCUGCUAUUUCUCAACAACAACCUGCUCAGAUCGCUCCCGGAUAACGUUUUUGGCGGGACGAUGCUAACACGGCUAAACUUACGUAACAAUCACUUUUCCUAUUUGCCCGUGAGAGGAGUACUGGACCAGCUUUCUGCAUUUAUUCAAAUUGAUUUGCAGGAAAACCCGUGGGACUGCACCUGCGAUAUCGUAGCGCUAAAAAACUGGAUGGAACUGUCCAGCACCAGCGUGGUUGUCAACGAAAUCACGUGCGAUUCGCCGUCAAAGCACGCGGGCCGGCUGCUUCGCUCGCUGCGCAACGAGGCCAUUUGCGCUGAACCUAGUGAGCUCCCCACCGCACAACAUGCCACCCCCACAAGAGCACCAACUCUCAUUAGCCCCGGGACUGAGCCCACCACCCCAGCCCUGUCCUCUGUCUCCACUUCUGCUCCCACCACCGCAUCCUCCCCCACCCCUUUCUCCUCCCUCAGCUCAGAGAUCCUCCCCACAGACUCUUCAAAAUCUCCAGAGUUGCAUCCGGAAGUCCCGCUGUCCGUCCUAAUUCUGGGCCUCCUGGUGGUUUUCAUUCUUUCCGUUUGCUUCGGCGCCGGGUUGUUCGUUUUCGUGCUCAAGCGUCGCAAAGGGGUCGAGCACGUGCCCAACGGAGCCAACAAUUUGGAUCUAAACUCGUUCCAGGUUCAAUAUGGUUCGUACAAUCCAGAACCCACGCCGGGGAAGUCGUCGGAAAGCCACGUUUAUAACUACAUCCCGCCUCCCAUGAGCUCCAUGUGCCAAAACCCCAUAUACAUGCAGAAGGACGGGGAGCAGGUGGCUUUUUACCGCAAUCUGAAAGAGCUAAGUUUCGCGCCCCUGGAUGUGAAGAAGGAGGAGGUGGUGACGCGCAGUCCAGGGGCAUACACCAUCAGCGCGUUGGAUUUUAUGGAUAAAUCUCCCAGCAUGCGCGCCAUGACCAUGACCUCCCAGGAGAACGCCGAGGUCUUGUACCAAAACUUAGCCGAGAGACCACACAAGGAGCUGCCCGCAGUUUCAGCCGGACCGCCGCCUUUCACGUACAACUUUUGCACUUUACCCAAGAGGCCGUGCAUCGUGCCACCCUACGAGGCGGCCACGGCGCGUCGACCGCCUCCCGCCCACAAGGCCGCGCUGUACGGGACGCCCAGGAAGUACUACGGGGCCGAGCACGUGCCCAUCAAGAGCAGUGAGCACCCGCUGCUUCUGCCCGGGAAGCUAAAAAAUGAGCCGGACUAUCUGGAAGUACUGGAGAAACAGACUGCAAUGAGCCAACUGUAA